AUGCCGGCCACGAUGCAUGAAGGCAUGGAGCGAGUCCCAAACUCUGCCGGCCAGGCCCCGCCCCCCGGUCCGCAUGUGUCGCCCUGUGUUCGUGGCCCUCUUCUGGCCAAGAAUGCUUUGGGGCAGCUGCGAGUUCAGUGUCGGUACAACACCUCCCUGUUCGCCAUUGGCUUCGAUGAUGUGUUCUUCUUCCACACUCCACAUUCCCCGGGUCUGUCCAGAGUGGUCAACCUCAAACAGCAUGCUAGAAGACCCCGUCCCCAUGACCCGCAUGUAAACAUCACAGACGAUGGCGGCUGGACACACACCUGGCUUGACCCUAAACCCUCCUUAACCCCUACAGCCUCUGACUCCACGGCUUCAUCACUGAGCUCUACCCUGAGCGCCUCACGUCGGACUCCAGGUGUUCUUCUCACCUACCAGCCGAGCUCAGGACGUCCCGAGUGGAUGCCUGUUGAGAUGGAGAGAUCUGAACCCAGCGGGGAAGAUGGGAAGAGAGGGAUGAUGAUGAUGGAGGACAGACUGAAGGAGGAGAGGAGAGCAGAUAAGCCGGACGUGUCUGAGCUGGUGUCUGAGUACGAAGCCAGAGGGUGGAGCCCCCUGCUGUCCAGGAAGACAGACACAGACAAUCUGUCAGGACCCUUUAACCUGCACUGUGUGUAUGAUGGAGAGAGCGAGGUGAGGUGCAGCUGGGAGAUGAAGAGAGAACUAACACAGUUCAUCCUCUACAACCUGAGCUACCGUACACACCCACACACAACAUCACACUGGUGUUGUGCAGGGUUGGAGGAAGGCCGUGAUGAUGACGAGGAUGAUGGUGAUGAUGACGUGAGGUUUUCUUGUUCGUUCUCUGUGUCUGAAGCUGAACUGCUGCUGCUGGAUCUCAGGCCACAACCUCGAACCAGCAUCAUCCAGGCUUACAAGCACAUUGAGCCUGGAGCUCCAGUGGGUUUGAGUGUGGAGUUAAUUGGAGAGGACUGGGUUCUGAACUGGACUCUCCCCAAAUACCGAACUGUACCCAUCGCCUCUGAACUCAGAUACUGGAGCGCAAACUCACCUGAAGAUGUGGAGACGCUGCGUCUCCUGCCUGGUGUUAGUGUCUGUGUUAUGGCGGAGCGGUCUCUCAUCAGCGCCACUCAUUACCUGGCUCAGGUGCGCUGCAUCGUGAGCUCUCGUACAGGUCGAGGCGCUCGGUAUGCCGGAUAUCCAUCGGACUGGUCAGAACCGGUCCACUGGACAACCCGUCCUGCUCCUGCAUCAGGGUUGUCCAGGGUGUAUUUCCUCUUGGCUGUGAGUGUGUCUAUUACUGUGAUUCUGACGUACUUCACUCUCCUGACGUUUCACAGGAAGGUGAAAGUGUGGGAGGUAUCUCUCCCCUCUCCUUUUCAGAGUAAAGCGCUGAAGGCAGUCUGCCAGACCCACGGUGAGUGGCUAUCGUCCUACACGGAGGUGGACGAUCCGUGUAUCAGCGAAGUGUGUGUGCUGGGGGACCUCAAGCAGCUAAAUCUCCAAACGCUUGAGUGGGAAUAUGAAGAUGCCACAGCGCCCUCUGCUGCCGACAGCACUUCACCACACCAGCAGACGUCCCAGGAGGAGGGUGGUGUGACUGGAUCGCCCCACUUAACUGAACACAACCAGGCAAAAGACAGUGUCCCUUAUCCUACAUUUCCAGCAUGUUCUUCUGUACACCAGGGGCUCAUGGGAAUUGAAGUCCUCUUGAGCAACAGUAGAUUUAUGUGCCUCACCUCUAACUUCUAUAAUGAGGUUCAGCCUUGCUCAGAGGGGUACCAGCAGAAACCUGGGUCGAGUGGUGAUGCUGCCCCAGAUGUUUUGCUGGACACUUGCCUGGAGGACGUAGAAAUGCAUGAUGGGUACAUGGAUUGCCCAAAAUGAAUUGAUUUUAACCAUUCUGACUCUAAAUGAGACCAAGUCAAUCAAGACUUUGAAUU